CUUUGUCCGUACUAGAAUAACAGGAUGUCACACCUAUUUUGGUUGUGUUGUCUGUUAUCAGUUACUCUGAUCAAAACCAUGUCUGAUCAGUAUCCCGGAUAUUCUUCUAUCGGAAGACGAUUGCCUAAUCAUCCGCCACCAUUUGUAGCACCGGAAGAAGAAGCGUAUAUUCCCAAGGUCGUUCCUGUACCUCCCAAGCAGACUGAGAAUGAAAACCAGCAAAAGCAAGAGGAAAAUCAGAAAAACGAACAAAGCAAGGACAAAACUAAAGAAAAAUCACAACAUUAAGAAAAAGAAAAAUCACACAUUAAUUGGUGCAUUUUUGCGUGUACGUGUAAUUAUAUAUAACAUAUAUUUCUUGUAAAAAAAUGUUCCUGCUUAAUGAAUCAUGUGCAAAUCAAGUGUUUGCUAUAAAUCUCGCUGAAAUAUGAGAAUAUCAAAAAAAAUCAAAAAUUUUACGUUCAAGCAGCACGUGCAAAUUUCCC